AUGAUGGCGAGGUUUGUUUCAGUGUCGUCUCCUCAGUUCCAUUUCUGCUUCCGUGAGUUCUCUCCUCCGUCUUCAAAUCUUUAUCCCAGACGGUUCGAGGUCUCUGAUCGGAGAUUCCCGGUGAUUCCGAUCAAGUGUUCUUCAUCUGAGCCGGAAAAUGGUGAAUAUUCGGCGCCUUUGCCUUCUUCUUCUUCCUCCUCAUCGUCGUCCACAAGUGAACUGUCUAUUAACAGUUCGACAUACAACUGGUACACUGGAAUCGGCGGUAUUGGGAUGUUAGACACUGCGUAUUUGACUUACCUUAAGCUCACUGGUUCCGAUGCCUUUUGCCCUGUUGGUGGUGGUACUUGCGGCGAUGUCUUGAACAGCGAUUAUGCUCUCGUUUUCGGUGUUCCUCUCCCAGUGAUUGGAUUUGUUAUGUAUGGAUUAGUAACAACUCUAAGUGCGCAGCUUGGGGAAGGGAAUCUACCUUUUGGAAUCAGUAAGACUAAUGGGCGUUUUGCGUUAUUUGGGAUCACGAGUGCAAUGGCAUCUGCUAGUGCAUAUUUCCUGUAUAUCCUUAGUACAAAACUAUCAGGAUCAUCAUGCCUGUAUUGUCUAGUGUCUGCUUUCCUAUCGUUUAGUCUAUUUUUCCUCUCUAUAAAGGAUGUAAAGUUGCAAGAGAUACAGCAAGUUAUAGGGUUACAGAUAUGCUUAGCAAUCAUAGUAGUUGCCUCCUUGACUGCUUCUUACAGUACUGCUCAACCAAUCCCUUCACGCUCAGGUGACAUUGAACUGCCAUACUAUACAACAGAGAUAACUACAUCAUCGAGCCCUUAUGCUAUUGCGUUAGCAAAAUAUCUUAACUCCAUUGGAGCUAAAAUGUAUGGGGCGUUCUGGUGUUCUCACUGCUUAGAGCAAAAAGAGAUGUUUGGAAGGGAAGCGGCAAAACUACUGAAUUACGUGGAAUGUUUUCCCGAAGGAUAUAAGAAAGGAACCAAGAUAUUCAAGGCAUGUGCAGAUGCUGGUAUCGAAGGAUUCCCGACAUGGAUAAUUAAUGGUCAGGUCUUAAGCGGAGAAGUAGAACUCGCGGAACUAGCGGAGAUGUCUGGAUUCAGCCUUGAUCAGGCAAAUGAGACGAAUCAACUCCAGUAA